AUGGCAGACCCACCAUCGCCAGGGGUAUCCAACACUGCCUUGCCGUCUGCGAUCUCCCAAUCACGUCCCACGGCUCCAGACACUUUUCACCCUGUGUCUAUACCGAAAGACCAGAAGAAUGUCGCAGGGGAUGUACCAGCUCCGAUGCAGCCUCAGAAAGAUGCGGGACCAUCCACAUAUGACUAUACGGAGAACGCACCUGACGCGGUGGUACAGGCUGUAGCGAUCGAAAGAGAAAGGGAGAGGAAGGAAGGUCCGCAGGAGAUGAUGGUUGGAAGCUGGACCAGUUGGGCAGGUGGUGAGAAUGAUGGCGGAAUUACACCUUCUUCGAUUACCCGAACGCACAUGCGACCAGGGUCAAGACGUGCUUCAAUAGCAUCUCGACAAUCGUUUACCCAAGAUCGACCAUCUGGCCAAUUUCGUCGGCAGACUGGCUCACAAGUGGACUUGCUCCAAUCGCCAAGCUCCGGGGUUUUCGCUAUUGAUUCGGAGGACGAAGACCACGGCGCAGGUCAAAGGAUGGGAAGGUCAUAUAGUAAACGAUCGACGCGGCGACAUAGUAGAGCUCAAUCAAAUCAAGUUGCUGCUCCCUCAGGUGGAUAUUUCUCCUAUAGGCCUGAUGAUCAUGUUCAAGCUCAGUCUCCAGCUCCCAUGGACGAUGCUUAUGAGCCAUCACCGGCCAGUCCAUUGAUGAGUCCCGCAAAACCCUCGACCACCUUGGGUAGAAUCGCAUCGUAUAUUGGAUUUUCAAGGAACGAGGUAGAAGAUGAAGAAGCUGGAUUUCAAGAUGGACAUAGAAGGUCAUAUUCUCAUUCUAGAUCACGAAGAGGGUCUGGAUCGGAAACUUCCAGUCGAAGACACAGAACAAAAUCCAGAUCUCCUUCGACGAGUGAAGAAGAUGAUUGGUAUGGCGAUGAAGAUGACGCCGACUCCUAUAUGUCUGAGAGAGAUCCCGAAGAAGGAUAUACAUCUUCUCUGGCGGAUGACACUUCCUUACCGCCCCAAUCGAGACCUACCUCACCUAAUAUGCCUUUAGUACCCUCAGCAACAGACGGUAUCUUCGGUGAACCGAAUGCAAGACCAUACGACUUGACCGAACCUAAAGAUUUCGUCAGUGUUGCUGUGCCAUCCAUGCAAACUGUUCUCCUACCCGACGAAGAUCUAUCAAUAAGAUUCACUUGUUACAGGACAGACCCGUUCAGGAAUGCUGUCUGGUGGUUUGGUUGUAUCGUGACUUUCGGUGCUUUGGGACUGUUGGGUAGAUGGAUACCUAGUAUAUGGGUCAAGUUUUUGGGUAAAGAAACGGCUUUCGACGAAGCGAAAGAAGGGACUUGGCUUGUUGUCGAGACCCCAUAUGGCGAUCUGCAUGUGAUACCUUUGCAGAUCAUUCCUUAUCCAUACCCACUAUCGACUGUUUUCCCUCACCACGCUCCAACUGCCCCACCUACAGCCGGAUCAUCUACUGCGCCGUCUCUUCGAGAUCACAAACCUGGGAAGACGACCUGGGAGGAGACUAUGGGAUUCUUGAAGACCAUGGAAUAUAGAUAUACUAAAUUCGCGCUCGAUCCUGCUACCGGAAGAUGGGCGAUGAUCAGAGAUUGGAGAGAUCCUAAAUGGACUUCUGCGAGAGCUGUGGCUCAUGGACUCGAGAGUCCCAUCAGGGAACAGCGAAUGGUUCUCAUGGGCGAUAACAUCAUUGACAUCGCGUCAAAGUCCAUCUUCGGAUUGCUCGUCGACGAAGUCCUCCACCCGUUCUACGUAUUCCAAAUCGCUUCCAUCGUUCUAUGGUCACUCGACGAUUACUACUACUAUGCCUUUGCUAUUGCCCUCAUUUCCAUCACGUCGAUUCUAUCUACUUUGGUCGAAACAAAGCGAACCAUCGAACGUAUGAGGGAGAUGUCUCGCUUCCACUGUGAUGUUCGUGUGCUAGUAGAUGGUGAAUGGGUCAUUAUGGAUUGUGCCAAGCUCGUUCCUGGAGAUAUAUUCGACGCCUCCGAUGCCAACUUGCCUGUUUUCCCUUGUGAUGCUGUAUUACUCUCAGGCGAUGCGAUAGUCAACGAAUCGAUGUUGACCGGGGAAUCAGUACCGGUCAGCAAGAUUCCCGUGAAAGAUGAAAAUCUGCGAUCUAUGUCAAGGGAAACGAAACAAGGAUCUUCGGAGAUUGAUGGUGAUCUGGCCAAACAUUACUUGUUUUCUGGAACCAAGAUCAUCCGAGUCAGAGCUGGAGCUAGACCACCUUGGGCACCGAAGUCGGAAGAACCAGUAGCAUUGGCUAUGGUUACUAGAACCGGCUUCAAUACCACCAAAGGGGCUUUAGUAAGAUCAAUGUUGUUCCCUAAACCAAUGGGUUUCAAGUUCUAUCGCGAUUCCAUGAACUUCAUCGGUGUUUUGACUAUCAUUGCUGGAUUGGGAUUCGCUGUCUCCGCUGUUCAGUUCAUCCGGAUAGGAAUCCAUUGGCAUACUAUCGCUCUUCGAGCCUUAGAUUUGAUCACCAUUGUCGUCCCACCUGCAUUGCCAGCGACGCUCACGAUCGGUACCACAUUCGCUAUCGAACGAUUGAGGAAGAGCGGUAUCUUUUGUAUAUCACCCAACCGAGUCAAUAUCGGCGGUAAGAUCAACGUGGUAUGUUUUGACAAGACAGGUACUUUGACAGAAGACGGAUUAGAUGUGUUGGGAGUCCGUACAAUCGAUAGACAAGAUCAAAGAUUCUCUGAACUACAUUCUGAAAUUCAGGAUGUACCCAUCGAAGGUGGGAUCAAUGGUAAAACGCCUCUAUUGUAUGCUUUAGCCACAUGUCAUGCUCUCAAGUUGAUCGAUGGUGAAGUCAUUGGUGAUCCACUGGAUAUCAAGAUGUUCGAAUAUACCGGCUGGACAUUGGACGAGGGUCAAUCGAGACCUAUACCUAACAAGGUCACUUCCACCUCGGCGAGCGGAUCGGGAUCGGGAACAAAACCUCAAAGUCUCAUUCAGACGGUUGUGAGACCACCUGGAACGGAUGGAUGGAAGAUGGAAGAUGCUUUGAAAGCUGGUAGCAAGCACGCGCACUUCCUUGAACUCGGUGUCAUUCGGACUUAUGAUUUCGUUUCGGCCUUACGAAGGAUGAGUGUCAUCGUCAAGAGGCUAAAAUCAAAUAGUAUGGAAGUCUAUGUGAAAGGUGCACCGGAAGUCAUGCCUGAUAUCUGUGAUCCUUCUACUUUCCCACUUGAUUACGAUGAUAUGCUCUCUUACUAUACUCGAAAUGGUUUCCGAGUAAUUGCUAUCGCCGGUAAAUCCAUCGAGGGGUUGACUUGGCUUAAAGCGCAAAGGAUGAGACGUGAGAUAGCCGAAUCCGAUCUUCAAUUCCUUGGAUUUAUUGUCUUUGAGAAUAAGCUCAAACCCAAUACAGCACCGAACAUCCAUACAUUGCGUGCAGCUCAUUUGGCAUGUCGAAUGGUGACAGGAGAUAACGUCCGAACUGCAAUCUCAGUCGCAAGAGAAUGUGGUAUGGUUUCUCACUCGGCCAGCGUGUACAUACCGACUUUCAUACCUGGUACCGGUACCUCCGAGGGCGCUCAAUUAGACUGGUCAUCUGUUGAUGAUGAACGCCAUAAAUUGGAUGAAUAUACUUUGAAACCCAUGGUCACCCAGAUGGGAGUUGCGUUGGAUGGUCAAGAUCCAGAGAGUCACGAUUAUCAAUUGGCUUUGACGGGUGAUGUGUUCAAGUGGAUGUUAGAGUAUGCCGAGUUGGAAACUAUGGAGAGGAUGCUCGUUAAAGGAGUCAUCUUUGCUAGAAUGUCACCCGACGAAAAAGCAGAACUUGUUGAGCGUUUACAGGCGUUAGGAUAUACUGUGGCAUUCUGCGGAGACGGUGCGAACGAUUGUGGUGCUCUUAAAGCUGCGGAUGUCGGGGUAUCGUUAAGUGAGGCCGAAGCCAGUGUAGCUGCUCCGUUCACCUCGAGGAUACCUGAUAUUGGAUGUAUGGUCGAGAUCAUCAAAGAAGGUAGAGCGGCUUUGGUCACUAGUUUCAGUUGUUUCAAGUAUAUGGCUCUCUACUCGAUGAUCCAGUUUACAACGGUCACAUUGCUCUAUUCGUUCGCGUCGAGUUUGGGAGAUUUUCAAUUCUUGUACAUUGAUCUAUUCGUCAUUAUCCCUAUUGCCGUAGCCAUGGGACGAACACUCCCAUACCCCAAAAUUCACCCGAAACGUCCCACGGCCAGCCUUGUCUCGCGAAAAGUCCUUAUCAGUAUCAUAGGUCAAAUCGUGCUCAACUCGGCGGUACAGAUAUUCGUAUUCGCAUGGGUCAGGAAACAAUCUUGGUACACUGCGCCGGAUACCAACGUCGAUAAACUUGAAACGUUCAAUUACGAAAACUCAGCGUUGUUCUUGGUAUCUUGUUUCCAAUAUAUCCUAGUUGCUGGAGUGUUCAGUGUUGGACCUCCAUACAGGAAACCUCUGUAUACAAACCCUUCACUUGUGAUUUGUCUGCUGGGUCUCGGAGCAUUCUCAACUUACGUUCUCCUCUCGCCCGCUCAGCCCAUCGCAUUGAUACUGGACAUCAUCAAACUGCCAUUGGACUUCAAAUUCGAACUGUUACUUAUCGCAGCUAUCAAUAUCGCAGCUGCAUUUGGAUUUGAGAGGUUCGGUGAAAAACCUAUUAGUAGGAUGCUGGUGGCUAUCAAACGGUGGAGAUUCAAGAAGAGAGGUAGAGGAUAUAGAGCUGUUGAGAGGGAAGUCAGGUAG